AUGGUGGAUAUUCAACGGUAUGGCUAUGCAGAGACUUACGAGCACUCGUUCGUGACAUUGAAACUAUACGAACGUGAUUCCAGUCAUGCAAAACGGGAGAUUGAGGCUUUCGAGCAUCUCAAGAGUCUCAAAUCAAGUCACACGGGCACCAUUCUCUUGCGAACCGUGUUGGAUAAAUUCCAACUCCGCUCGAUUGAUGGCUCUCACUUCUAUCAGUGUCUCAUUCACCCACCCUUGGCCAUGAGUCUGUUAGAACUUCGAAAACGGACAGCGAGAAAGGUUUUCCCAGAGAACCUGCUCAAAUCCACUCUGAAUCAUAUUCUCAUCGCCCUGGAUUUCUUGCACAGCGAGGCACAUGUGAUCCACACAGACAUACAAGAAAAGAACGUCAUGCUCGAUGUUGAAGAUGAGUCGAUUCUCGUCGAUUUUGAGAAUGCCGAGAUAUCCAUUCCAAGCCCCCGCAAACUCGUUGGGAAUCGGACAAUAUAUUAUUCUCGAAAGCUGGGGAUUCCAAAAAUGCAUGGCCGUCCCGUACUGGCAGACUUUGGUGAGGCUCGCUUUGGUUCGGAUACUGGAACAUACUACGAUAUUGUACAGCCAUUCAUCUACAGGGCUCCGGAGGUGAUACUUCGCAUGCCGUGGAAUGAAAAGAUUGACAUUUGGAACCUUGCAGUAUUGACCUGGGACCUCUUUGAACAAGGACAUCUUUUCAAAGCCCGUGAUGCAAACAAGCAGGAGUCAGAAAGCCAUCACCUUGCUGAAAUGAUUGCCUACCUGGGACCACCGCCACGCGAGAUGCUUGAUAAAAGUGAAUAUGCGAACAAUUUUUUUGAUACUAGCGGUACUGUUCCCACUUAUUACUCGUCUUUUUUGUUUCAGUUUGUGUUUCUAACCGGUGGGAAUCAGGGAAAUGGAAGGGCCUCGCUGAAAUCCCUUCUCAGUCUUUGGAGGAACUUGAAGGCAACCUUUGCGGAGAACAUCAAGCAAAUUUUCUCCGGUUCAUGCGCAGGAUGCUUCGAUGGCGACCGGAAGAAAGACCUUCGGCGAAAAAGUUGCUAUCAGACCCUUGGCUAA